AUGAUCGUUUCCUGCUCGAUAGAUGGCUGUACUUUGACAUUGUGCUACAUCAGCGGUUUCAUUCGUCGAAGAUACAAAGCUCGCAAACAGAAGAGACCUUUGGAGAUGACCAGGUAAUGUUGCUUUAGCUUCGUCGAAGAUUCGCCUCCUAGAUCAGUCUUAUUAGGGGGGAAGGGAGGAGGUGAUCUGCUCAGCUCACAUUCUAGAAGUUUAUCUUCCGCAACACUCUUUGAGGAUGUGGAAUGGCUACUGACAGUCUCCUACCGCAAACUGUUUGCUCUCAUCCCACAGGCUUAUGCGAUUUUUAAAGCCGUUGCAAAGAUUUAGAUCAAUAUCAGUAUCUGAGUAAUUACGCACCUACUCUUCCCAUAACUUAACAGUAAAUUAACCUGAUGUGUUAUCACUUGGCUGUUGUUGGGUUAGGGGAGGGGUGGCUGGGCAGUUGCAGAGAUUCUGACGGAGUGAUCUAAAAAUUUAUCCGCGCUCAUAUGUUCUACAAAACUUGAUGUGCACGAUGCAAUGUCCUGAAAUUUAAAAAACUGUACGAUUUUCAUUCCAAACGCUCCAAAAAAUUGACAAUUGUCUUUUUUCACUAUUUGACUAUUUAUGUGGAUUUCUGUUCAUGGUCUUGUUAAAUAUCUCUCCUAUAGAUUGCAACGUAAAAAUCGUGUAUUUACAAAAGAAUAUGAUCCGGAAAAAAGACGUCAGCUGUUAAUAGAAGCAACUGAUUCAAAACCAUGGCGACUGAAGCUGAAAAAGAGACGACGGGGAAAGGACAGUUAG